CCGAAGACAAACAGAGAAUUUUGAAAGCAGCCAAUGAGAUGUGGCUUGUUAUGUUCAAGGGAUCUUCAAUAAGAUUAACAACCAAUUUCUCCUCUAGAAACAUGGAGGCCAGAAGGCAUUGGGAUGACAUAACAUCCUGAAUUAAGAAAACCAACUAUCAAUCAAGAAUUUUAUAUCCCUUCCUUGCCCUGGUGAGGGGGACUUCUGGCUCUUUGGACAGGAUUUGGAGAAGGUAUGUGUUUCAGCUUUGGCUUGUAUUCUCCUCAGAUUUGGAAGUCACCAUCCUGAAGAUUCACUUCCUUUGGAAAAACAUCCAGCCUGGUCUACACAAGAAAUGACAUCUCUUCUUGUAAUAUGGCUUGGACCACGCACCAUAGUAACCCUGGCCUUAUUGUGCGCCAGGUGCAUUUGCUUGACUUUGUUACUAUUGAGCUAAUGAACUAAAAUGCCUCUGCUUUCUCCCCUGUCCACAGGGGCUGGGGCCUACGGUGGGGGUGGGCAGGGAACAGGGAUCUGAAAGCAGACGGCAGAAUGACCAAGCUGUAGGAAAGGCAGGGAGGAGACUUGAACGUGGCCUCAGUGCUCCCUAUGUCUCCGCUCCUCGCUGUCUCCUGCCUUCAUCUAAUGCCCUCCCUUGGUAGGUAGGCUGGCCUUCGUCACGUGGCAGAAAAUGUCUUGCACCGUCAGCCCUGGAGAGAGGCAGCCUCAGUUCUCCUUUAAUGCCAUUCGGCAGCUGGCGCUCUCUUGAGGGCCCAGUUUGGGUCAGAGGUAGGGUUGUCAGGUAAAACACAGGAUGCCCCGAUACAUUAGAAUUUUCAGAGAAACAACUCAUCAUUCUUAGUUGUAAGGGUCUCCCCAAACUUUCAUGAGGUAGACAAAAAAGUUAUUAGUUGGUUAUCUGAAAAGCAAAUGGAACUGGGCAUCUUGUAUGUUUAUCUGCCAAGUUUGGCAACCCUAACCAGGAGCUUGCUUCUAGACCAGGUAGCCUAGAACCAGGGCGCUGGGGGUCAGCCUCCCAUCAGUUACCUGCAGCCAGGGGGCCUGAUCAUGUCCCCACGGCUGCCCACUUGCUGAUGGUGGGGGUGGGGUAGUUACUAUGCCCAGCAGACAGCCCCCUGGGUGUGCCCAUACCUGCCAGACUCAGACUAGCGUUCCUCAGCCUGGAUGGACUCUCUGCAGCUCCUUCCCGUGGCUCCGGCUGCCGCGUCAUAGGCGGACUCUCAGCUCAAAGCUCUGUAUUUGCUGAGUCUGUCGUUGGCUCUCCGAUUCUGGUCCCUGUGCCGUGUGCACUACAAGCUCCAUGAGGAACAGAGCCUGGCUGGGGCUUCUCCGAGGCAUCGUGACAUUUCAUCAGGGCCUGGCUCAUGUCAGGUGCCAGUACACACCUGGGUGGGAGGAAUGCAGCCCAAGGUUCUCCUGUCUGUCCCAUGGUUCCCCGUCCACACCUGUCAGGCAGACAGCAAUCUUACAGGAGUUCCAGCGCUCUCCUUGCUGGCUGCACCUCAGCACUUGCGACACACUCGCGACACACUCACCCGAGGACACGUGUGCUCAUCUUGUCUACUUCACAGCUCUAGACUGCGCAAACCCACGCUCGCCUCUGGCGCCUUCCACCCCGCCUGCCCAUCACCACCCAGCCUCCCCUGCAGGCGGGCUCCGCUCUGGGUGUGGGCACCCGUGUGUAGGGUGACCGUACCAGCAAGGGGAGAGCAGGUUGGGGCACAAGCAUGGAGCAGGACCCCAUGUCAGGACCACAGGAAAUCCGAAUGAGCUCAUCGAGGGAAGCUUGACCAAGACCCCCUGGAUGGCUUGUUCACCGAUGGCUCCAGAGGGCAAAGCCGUCCGGUCUCCCACCCCUGCACCCUCUCCUCCCCACCCUGCUUGCCCUUGCUCACUCCCUUUCCUCCCAUUUCAAAAGCAUUAACCAUCUGCUGGACACUGAAAUUCUUAGACAAUCAUUUGAACUACCCUGCAGUAUAGCAGUUUGUCCUUUGAAAAUGGAAACAUGAGGAAUCGAGAAACAUCAAGAAAACCCAGCCUAAGAGCCUGCACCUGUGGGCACCGGUUGUCCAGUCAUGGAGCCUCUGUGGAUGGGAUGUCAGACCCAAGGGCCUGCACUUGGCGGUGUGGGGAGGCAGGUAGUCGGGGUAGGUGUGCUGUGCAGGACUUGGUCCGCGACCAGACUGAGGGGGGGCCCUGCCCGUCCUCUUCCUCCGGAGCCAGCCCCACCCGCCCUGGCGUUCCACCGGCACCUGUCUUCCUUCCGCGCCUUUGUUUUCAUUCAUUCCACUGCAGGUCAGCUGCCUCCUCCCCACAUCCAGGGAGGCAUUAUUACUUUGCAAACAAAACAUGUCCUGCUUGCCUGGCAAGAUGGGUUGUCUGGAGAGAUUUCCUGCAGACUGCUGUGCUCACAUCGCGGCUCAGGAUUCUUGUAAACGGCAGUCACAGAGGGUGGCACUUCCUGCCGGAGAGGAGCCGUGUCCUCUCCAUGACCUCGGCCUUAUUAUCCCUUGUGGUCCAUCCUGCAGUCCCUCUCUCCUUCCCGCCGCCGAGGGCCUUGUCCUGCCGACCUGAGGACAGGCCAGGCAGGGAGGAAACCGCGUCCCUUGGUGGUGGCAGGGGACAGACAGAUGCUGCAAGAUGGGGGCGUGCUCCUGUCUUAGUCCUCACUGGCAACCUGACCCACUCACACGCUGGCCCUCCCCCAGGACCACGAAGGCCAAGGCUUGCAACGUUCCUGGGCUCCAGUGAGAUCAAUGAUGUCAGCAAGUCAAAGGUGGAGAGAGUGGGAAAAAGGAGACCUUCUAGAAAGGAGAGCUCCUUUCUAGAACCUUCCUGGAUUGACGCGAUUCUAAUCCCUCAGCGGCAGCUGAAAAUGUGUUUCCGGGGCUCCACUUCAGACCAUGUCAGCCACAGACUCUUCUACCUCCAAACUACAUUUGCCUCUGGCCCCGGAGUCUCUGUGUCUUCUCUCUCUCUCCCCCUCUCUCUUUCUCUCCCUCUCCCUCAAUUCUCUGCCCUUUUAAAAAGGGGAAGCCGAUUGGGAGGCAAACCUAAACCCUGA